AAAGCAUCAGUUCACAAGUUUUCACACUAAGAACAACUUGAAGUCAAGUUAAUUAAUUCCCGAAGAUGAAUACCUUCCAUAUUCUUUUGGCUGUGGCUUUCAUUCAGGUGGCAUCUGCUGGAUUUCCUGACUACUGGAGUCACGAUGGUCUCGGCACUGAUAUUACCGAAAUCAAUCAUGAGGAUCUAGUGAAAGAGUCAGUAGAUUUACCACAUACUCCUCCUUGUGCUCAACAUAAACAGGAGCCACAAAAGCAGGAGGUCGUUUACGAGAAGCCCCUGGUUGCUGAGCACACACCCUACAGGGAACAGCAGAAGGUUUAUCUUCACCGUCAACCCCCAAUUGUCGUCCGUCCUCCUCCAUCCAAGAUCUUGGUGAACCAUCCACCAGUUGUUGUGAAACAGCCUCCCGUUAUUCUGCACCACCACAGUCGCUCUCCAGUCAUUGUCAAGCCAGUGAUCAUCCGUGAGAAGGAAGUCGCCACCAAGCCUGUUCUCUUCAAGGUGGCCCAGCCCAAAGGAAAGGUGUGGGUGUCCAAAUGCCAGAAGCCUGAGGUCCAUGUCUCACACACCUGCAACGAAGGAUGCAAUCACGGAUUCCACAAUUACCCAGUCCACCACAGUGCUCCUCACACUGAUCUGGAUUUCUAAGGAAUCACUUGCACUUACACCAUAGACUCAAUGGAUGAGACCUGACGAACAAACCUUAUUUAUAACGAUCAAUUUGUUUGAGAAAACCACAAAUAAAAUUGUUCUACUUUUGCAUCACAA